CAUGUUGAAUGUACAGUCUGAGAAACUAGAUAAAUUAGAUUACACAAACGCACACCAACUAGCUACUCCAAUUACAGAGCGCUCAUGCGACAGUUAUAAAAUCCCCACCGUCUGCCUGAAACAAAUUUGCGCACAUUGAAGGGGAAGAUAAUAUUGGACGGACCACGCAGGCAUUUAUUUUGCAGAUGAUCGCAGAAACACUGAUCAAUCUAUGUUGCUUUGCGCAGCUUCCCACCUCCGUGUUUGACAUGUAGCUAGCAUUCAAAUUCGUGUCAUGUGCGACUGUGGAAAAUAACACGGUUGGGUGCUUUGUUUCUUCUGUUUUAUAAAUCGUCUCAAAAAUGUUUUCGUCUACGUGGAAUUUUCUGAAGCGCCACAAAAGGAAAUUUAUUUUCGCUGGAGCUUUUGUCGGAGGUGUGUACUUUCUUGGUAAAUAUGCUCAAAAGAAAAUCCGAGAGAUGCAGGAGCGUGAGGCAUCAGAGUACAUCGCUCAAGCCCGACGUCAGUUCCACUUCGAGAGUAACCAGAGAACGUGCAACAUGACAGUGUUGUCAAUGCUCCCUACAUUAAGAGAAGCCAUUUUACAUCAUCUAAACUCUGAGAGCCUCACUACACUGCUGAAGAGCAAACCAGCAAAUAAACUUGACAUAUGGGAGGACCUGAAGAUUAUUAGUUUCACCCGAAGUGUUGUGGCUGUGUACAGUACAUGUAUGUUGGUUGUUUUACUCCGUGUCCAGCUCAAUAUCAUUGGUGGCUACUUAUACUUGGACAACUCAGUCAGCAAGAGUGGCAUGAUGCCCUUGGCCCCUCCAGAUGUGCAACAACAAUACCUCUCCAGCAUCCAGCACCUCCUUGGGGAUGGGUUGAGUGAGAUGAUAACAGCAGUUAAGAAAGCUGUGCAGAACACAUUGGGCGGGGUGUCCCUGAAGCAGAGUCUGUCCCUUCAGGAGCUGGAGCAGCACCUUAACCAGAUCAGAGCCCAGGUGGAGGAGGGAGACGGGGGCUCCACACACAGACCUCUCUCCUGGUACAUGAUGCCUGACGAGGAGAACACUCUGGCUGCACAGGCCUGUGGUCUGACGGAGAAUGAUGUCACUACGAUAAAGCUGCUCAAUGAAACCAGAGACAUGCUUGAAAGCCCGGACUUCGGAACUGUACUCAACACCUGCCUGAACAGGGGCUUCAACCGUUUCCUUGACAACAUGGCAGAGUUUUUCCGGCCCCCACCCGGAGCACAAGGAGACUCCACCCCCAUCACUACACCUGAUAGUCUCUCGCAUGUAAGUCUCCCAGUUGCCAAAAUCAUCCCCAUUGUGAAUGGACAGAUCCACUCCAUCUGCAGUGAAAUACCAAGUCACUUUGUACAGGAUCUCCUGAUGAUAGACCAAGUGAAGGAGUUUGCUGCCAAUGUGUAUGAGACAUUCAGCACAUCCCAUGAACUGCAGAAAUAAGGGAGUUGACAUAUUCCUGGUAGACCUGGCCCGCUCUUCCUGCUCUGUAUCUUUGCAUGACGCUGCCUGCUGUGGACAUCACGAAUGGAGGAAGAAAUGCUCUUAUUCGCUGUACCAUGUCAGAAUACUUGAGGACUGUUCCAUUGUGGAAUGUAAUGCCAUGAACUGCCGCCUACUCCAGCUGUAGACCUCAAGGUGAGAUACCCACUUCAUCUUGGGAAGUUGAGUUUUUGGCUCACGGUUUAUAAAGUCAGCCAACCAGACUCCUCUGAAUCAAAGUAACUUUCCUGUGUCAUGAAAAAUAAACAAAAUCCUGAAAGCCUUGUCCCACUUUACGUAGACGUUGUUUCGAUACAUUAACCAUAAGUUGAACUACUGUCGCUUUGAGUUUGAACUAUUUUUCUCCUUUCUAUUACUGUUGUUGAAGAGUCAACUCUUACCCUUCAUUUUGACCUUUAAUCUACCAUUAUCAACAGUGCUGUGUCAUCAAGGCUGCAAGUUCUCAUUACACCUCAGUCUAAUUCCUGUUUAACAAUGUUCAGUAUUGUCUAAUACAUAAUUCUGCACUUUUUAUGUUGUCUCUUCUUUGGAAAUGUAAUCUUUAAGGUUUGUUUUCUUAAAUCAUGGAAAUUGGGAAAUUUCAGAGGUGAGAAUGUAGGCCCAUGUAUUAUAUAUUUUGUAACAUAACAUUCUAAAUGACAACAGAAAAUGUAAGUACUGUAGUAUUGACAUUGAAAAUUAUAAACACAUGAUUUAAUAUA